UUUCAAUAAAAUUGGUGAUGAAGGUGCAUCAGGCUUAGGUUCUGCUUUAGCAAAGUGCAUUAAUCUCUCAAAUUUGACACUUGACCUUAGUCUCAAUGAAAUUGGUGAUUAAGGUGCAUCAGGCUUAGGUUCUGCUUUAGCAAAGUGCAUUAAUCUCUCAAAUUUGACACUUAUCCUUAG